AUGUCGUACACUGUCGCCCAACAUGUUCCGUCGCAGUUCACCCUGAUGGCCAUUGACGGAAAAGUCCCAUAUUGGAUUCUGACUUACCCUAGCCAAGUGCUCGACCGCCCUCCGAAUUAUCAGGAAUACGUGAUCAACCUACGACCGGGCUCUUUCGGAGAUCGGCGCCCAAUGCUGACUGUUUCCAAGCUUACCGCUGCUGGGUGGGCAUUUUAUGAGGCGCAGAAGCGCGUCGCGGUGACCCACGAAGACAAGUACUACCUUCCAAGCAACCAGGCGCUGAUCACCAGCUUCCACCCAACUUCUCCGUUGGCUACCGAGCAAGCUGCUGCUCGUCUCUUUCUUAUGAUUGACAACAGAGUGGAUGCGAUCCAGAUGAUCCCGGCGCGGGCUCGACGUCUCAGCUGGUUGAUUCGAAGUCGAAUAUAUUUUUAUGAACCACCACCGCUCAUCUCGCUAAUUAUGUACAUCUUCACAAUGAUCCUAUUUCUCCUGACAUUCCCAUGGUGCUUAUUCUUUUGUGUGAAAGUGGCAAAGGAAUACGAGAGGGUGGUUGUCUUCCGGUUGGGUCGCUUGAUAGCCACGGGGACGAAGGGGCCCGGCGCGUUUUUUGUGCUCCCUUGUAUAGACACGUGCAAAUUUGUGGAUUUACGGGUGUUAACCUUUGACGUGCCUCCUCAAGAGAUUUUAUCGAAGGACUCGGUUACCGUAUCUGUUGAAGCCGUUAUAUAUUUUCGGGUAUGCAAUCCUGUAGUCUCCGUCACAAACGUCAACGAUGCCAUCUUCAGUACAAAACUGUUAGCCCAAACGACCCUGCGAAAUGUCUUGGGAACCAAAACCCUCAGCGAAAUCCUGGCUGAACGAGAUGCAAUCGCAACCAUCACCGAACAAGUCUUGGACGAAGGCACGGUACCUUGGGGUGUAAAAGUGGAACGCGUCGAGAUCAAAGACAUCCGACUACCAUAUCAAUUGAUGAAAAGUAUGGCAACAGAAGCGGAAGCAGCUAGAGAUGCCAGGGCGGCGGUCAUUGCUGCUGAUGGAGAGAAAGCAGCUAGCAAAUGCCUGAAAGAAGCCGCCGAUGAAAUCUGCAGUAAUAAGGUCACCAUGCAGCUACGAUACCUUCAGGUGGAAAGC